CCUCGGGGCCCGCCCUGCGCCCAGGUCUCCUCCCCGCGGCGGGGUUCGGGGUCGGGGACGCGCGGCGGCAGCCAGGCCCACGUUCCUCUUACUUCCCGCCUUUGUCCUGGGUUCCUGUGGCCGAGUCUCCGCACCCGCCCCUGGCCGCCCCACGGCCCCGGGGAGUGAUGACUCAUUUCCUUUCCCCAGCUGACAUCAUCGUGCCCCCACCGUGGCCUGGCUCGGGCGGCUGCCUGCGCCCUCCCAGGCCCCCUCCCUGCCCCUCUCGGCGCGAGGGCGCAGGCGCGGCCUGGCGCGGCGCUUCUCGGCCAUCAGGGAGCGCCGGAGCCCGCCGCGCUCUCCCUGGUCUCCUGGGUCGUCCCUGCCACCGCCCGGGCCGGCGGGGAGGGAGGGACAGAGACUGGCCGCGGCCCCGCUCUCCCGCUGGGGGCCUGGGAGUCAGAGCUCUCACGGUCACAGAUGGGGAAACUGAGUCCCGAGCCUUGACCAAGGCAGUACAACCCCCGCUGAGAAGUGGGGGACUGGAAUUCAGGACGCUGGGCUCCAGGCCGGUGGUUUCCCACAGACCUGAGGUGUUAAUCUACCCGCACCCCAUGACCCCACCACUCCCUAUUGCCUCACAACCAGCCAGAUUCACAUAUUUGCUGUAUAUCUGGACCCCUGAGCAGGCUGCCUUUGCAUUUCAUAAGCGAGACUUGGAGAAGGUGACUCCUGGAGAAAUCUCUUUAGCCUCCUGCUACCAGGAUGGUUUUGGAUUCCUCUCCAGCCAGCAGCUGGAACAUAGUGGCCUGUGUCAUCUAAAACCAUGAGAUCAUCCCAGAGACGGAGUCUGAUUGUUUCCCAGGAUGAUCU